GCGUUUUUGGCUGCCUGAAAAAGCACUAAAGCAGGUGUCGUUUCUUCUCUGAUCCCAAUGUCGUUAUUACUUUUUUUUCUGAUUGAAAGAUUGUAAAUAUUACAUCCGAAAGGUUUUUCAGUGAGUCUACGCCAUUUGGAAUGUUUAAUUGUAUUCAUUAAAAGUAUACGAGGAGGAGUUCGUCUACUUUGUGUGUGUUUCGAUCCUCAUCACAGCAUUAUUUGUUGCCAUGAGUGAUGAGCUUGUGUGCUUCUUUAUUCGUUUGUGCCUCACUUGAAUCUGUUUUCCAUCGCCUACUAAUAUAAGAGAAACUGCUUGUUGUCCCAAGCGAGCUGAAUUUAGGCACCGUGUCGAUUAUCCUAGGUGCUGAGAUGAGAGUUGAAGAAGCUGAAGAUGAAGAUGUUGCAGCUGGUGAGGCCUUAUUAGGUAUGUGACAGGAAACUAGAUAAACACUUGAAAGACCAAUUUCUCUUAUUCUAAAGAAUUCUAUCAGAGACGAAGUCUUUUUUUCAAUUUCUAUCUCAACUACUGGGUUUUCCUGUGUGAUUCCCUUUGGCAGGAAGGGACCUAUUGAGCCAAUUACUACAGUCAUGGAUGGGUCUUUAAAUGAAACUUAUUGAUGUCUCCAGGCACUUGAAAGGUUUUAGCUUCAUUCAGGAUCCAGCCAGUCUAUUCUCUCUCCCUUAUUUCUUUUUUUUUGUCUUCCUUUCUUCCCAUCUAAGAAUUUGUCCAAUUCCAUCUUUCUGCUUAGUCCUGUUUAGCUUUCCGUUGCACAUGUGUGUGUGUUGUCUGCAAUGUUGUAUCAAUACUUCCAAUCAGGCAUCAGGUUUUCCAGGUGCUUCAAAUGCAAUGAGCCAAAGUAGUAGUUUGAACCCGCUGAGCAGUGGAAGUGGUGCAAUAGCUUCAGACUCCAAUGUGACAUUAUGGCAGUUUCUUUUGGAGUUGUUGUUGGGUGGAUCACAGCAUGCUCAUCUCAUAUCAUGGACGGGAGAGGAAGGCGAAUUCAAACUUUUGGAUGCCGAAGCCGUUGCUCGCCUCUGGGGUCAGCGCAAAAACAAAGCCAACAUGAAUUACGACAAAUUAAGCAGAGCUCUCCGAUAUUACUAUGACAAAAAUAUCAUUCGGAAAGUCAUGGGUCAGAAAUUUGUCUACAGAUUCGUGUCAUAUCCGGAAGUGAUGAAAGCGGAUAAGUUAUCAUAUUCCUCGCCCUCGUUGGCAAAUCGAAUGAUAAUGAAAUCUGAGAAGCAGGAGGAAGAAGAGAUCGCCGCUGCUCUUCGUGACAGCAACAAACAACAUGCCGAGAAAGUGUGUUCAUCCAACCCACAGGCAAUGGGCCUACCGGGUUUCUAUCUCAAUGGAAUGGGAAUGCAGUCCAUUGCUAGAUUAGCGUACGCAUCAAGCGGCGAGGUCCCCGGGUUAGUUCGGCCCAUCUCCACUACAGCGCCUCUACAGUUCAAUAACAACAACAGUGUCCAUGUUGUUAAUCCAUCGCUACCUGCCUAUACACUGCCAUCUGAUUAUGGACUCAAUUUAAGCUCCAAAAUCGCAGACUCCAAAUCGAAUGAUGCAAAAGAUUCGGCCAAAAGAAACAGUGAGGAAGAAACAGCGGCUCGUCAAAAUAGUGCCAAUUCUGCUUAUCCAGAUGGGGGACAGAACUCAAACGAAAGAGUCGACAGAGAUGCAACCGUACCACUCAAUUUAAGUGCCGACACGGCUGAUGACAAGAAAGCCAAGCGUGUAGCGAACGAUGCCGAAAACAUAGAAAUGGAUCGAAUGAAACGGGUCAAAAGUGAACAGACCGAAGCCACGGAUUUAAGCAUGAAAAACACUGCAACUGCUUCACAGGGCCGCCUUAGCAGCCAUUCGCAGGAGGCGAGCAACGAAUUCGUCGGCAAUCGGCUUUCUCGACCGAAAGCCAGACCCAAACCUCGGCCGUUGGUUCUUCCUGAUUCAUCUCUUUCCCAUUUUCGGGGUGGGAAUAUGCCACCCGUUUCCAGUCCACUGAGCUCUUCGCCGUGUUCUUCGUUGUCGCCAUCCACCUUGAAUUCACCCGCCCCUUCUUCAUCCCCAUCAGUCUCUUCGCACAAUCACGCCACUAUGAGCAAACCUCCUCAUUCGCCCUCGCUGCAGACACCGUUCUUCAGCAACUUUCCAGCUCCACUUCCGUCGCCUAGUCUUUUUCCAAACUACCCUUCUCCGUUUAUUCCGCUGCAGACACCGCUGCCUCAUCCGCACAGUCACGCCCUAAACACGGCUCAACUUCAUUUUUGGAGCUCGCUCAGUCCCUUGGCGGUCGCCAGUAGCCCCCGUUAUCCCAUCAACAGUAAAGGUUCGUCCGGAAGCGUGAGUGGAGAGAGCGGAAGUGAAGGGCCUCCUUCUUCGGCCGCAAUGCUCAGUGCCUUCCCUAGUUCGUCCGCUCUCCCGUCACUCUCGCCUUCUCAUUUUACUUUUCCCGUACCAGCUUUCCCGUUUACUGCACCGCUUUCGUUCUCCAAUCCAUUGCGGUCUCCCCUUUUCACUCCUGGGCCUCAUAUGAACCUCAGCAACCACCGGAAAGAGCGGGAAAAGGUCAAAGAGGAACCCAGAGACGAAAUGGGUCAUGCUGAUAAUGAGGAAUUGGACGAAAAAUCCAAAUCUGUUGUAAAAAGGGAAGAAGAAGGUGAUGUUGCAGACAAAAGUGAUGAGACAACUUCCGCGCGGACACGGUCCGUUUCAUCUUCCCCUUCUGAAUCUUGAUUCAUAGGAUUGUCGUCUUCUAUUUUCUAUUUUUAAUGGUUGUUUAGUUGGUUUUUUUCAUUAUUACUUUUUGAGUGAGUUUCGGCCGAUCAGACUUGGUGUCUGGACGAUUUUAUUUCAAUUUUUUUCUUUCGUUUCUAUAGCCUUAUCAACAACAAAGUCCUGCGGUCUUCCAUUCUUUUCUCUUUCUUUUUUUUUGUCAUUCACAUUAAGUUGGAUUUUUCCCCUUUCCCAAAAUUACAACGAUUGGUUUGUAAUUAUGGUCAAAUUGAAAUUUUCAUUGCGACACUUUUUUUUAAAACUAGAAACUGUUUCAGACAUCCAUCAGAUAGCCGAUUCUAGUUCCUGCUAGAAGGUUCUUUUUUCUCGUUGUUGCUUUUAUCGUUGAUAAUAGCGUAUAACUUACGUUAGUUUCCUUUUGUGUUUGCCUGCAUUUGUUGUCGUUUUUAGAAAUCACCGAUUUUCUUUUUUUUUUCAAUCUUGAUUUGGAGUGGGUGGCGAAUGUAUCAAGAUGUAACUUGUUUAGUGUGUUAAGUUGUAUAUUGACGUGCCUUGACUCGACGGUUCAAUCUUUCACCUAUUUGGGAUAUGAAAUCGCGAUGCGUUUCUAUAGCUUGGCAUUAUGGUACGCUAGAGAAUGUGAGGAUGUGCCGAUCAAGAGGAAAUACCUGAGGGAUCUUCCCCAAUUUUUAAAACAAGAAAAAAAAUUCUGAAUGUUGCCAAUUAUUGAAUGACUUAUUAUAAUAAGUGCCAUCGCGUUCCGAUGUUGCGGACUGCGUUUUUUCCCCCUCUUCUUACUAUCAUCGCUCCUUUCUAUAAUAUUUUUUUCUCUUUUUUCAAAGCUAGAUUGAUGAAAGCUUAGUUGAAAUUAUGGAUAACUGUUUAAAACGCCAAAUUUUUUGAAAAUUCAUCGUAAAAGGGGACACCAAUCUGUUCUUAUAUCCCAGAAAACCACCAGCUCAAACUAUCCGAGGGUUCAUUGCUGUGAUAGUUAGGCGACUUGUUUUUGAUUGAUCGCAAGAGGAGAGAAAAAAAACUACAAAAGCUGUUUCAUCCUCGUUUUGAAGAAAAACAAAAAAAUUAUUCUUUUCAGAAAUCGGGGGUCAUUUGAAAACAUCAUUUUGAUCGGUGUCGAACGUACGCCUCUUCCUCGAAUACCUGCUCCGUCUCUCCCACCCCUCUCUCCUUUGAUUGUUUUUAAAAACUCGUUUGCAAAAUACGGUUAAUUCCUCAUCAUCUUUUAUAUUGUCUUGCUGAUUGGAAUGUGAAGAAAGAAACCCGACGGCUUAGCCGGUGUGGUGUUUCCGUUUUCUCUUCGAAUCGAUGAGUGUCAAAUGAACGUACUCAACAAUACACCAUCAUUACGCGGUACAAUUUUCUUUAUUACACGACGGCUAUUAACCACCUGCAUUUUAUUUCAUUCGUAAUCGGCUUAAAUCUAGUUUGAAUUUAUGGUAUCGUUGCUAGAGAUAACUAAGGCGCCAUGGCGCCUACCUAAAAAACAAUUACGUAUCGCAGACAGACGUUAAGCGCCAUGAACAAAUUUAUAUCGAGACCGUUUUCUCCACAUUUUUCUUUCGUUUUUUCUAACCUAUUUGCCAAGUUGAACUGGGCAAUCGGUGGUCAAAUAAUAUCCUGACUGCCUUACUCAUAGGUAUCAAGAGGCUUUACUGGUUCAUGGUUCGUAUUUCUUAUUGUUAUUGCACCUUCGUCACUUGCAUCACAUUUCUUUCACAAGCCAUCAUUGUAAAAGAUUUAGGUGAGCCGACUUAUCAUCAGCAGGUGGUCGACAAAAAUUCUGACCGUGGGAAGUGAAGGAAUCAACUUUAGCAUCUAAAAUUCGGCAACAAAGUGUUUGGUAGAGAUAGUAUAUUCGGCGUCAAGGAUACCAGGCCUUCAAACUCCUGAGUCGCGACUGUGCGAUUGCAGUUUGACAAAUGUCAUUUAACUACUUUUGUUUAAACAAAAAACCACGGUAGUCAUUGAACAUUGGAAGAGGGAAAAACUGUUUUAACUUGUCACGGUCUGACAGAUAGCUUCAACCUUUGAUAAAGGAAAAAUUCUAUUUGCCUUGUAAAUAAGGAUCAUAGAUGAAACGAUUUAUAGCGAUGGAGUGAUAUCACUUCACAAACUCGACUCACCAUUACACAAGCCAGGCUUACAGUUCGAGUGCGUCAUCCGACAGAAAGGCGAGUCAACAAGAACAAAAAUAAGAUAAUAUCGAUAAUAAUAUCUUGUGGCCUUAGUCUCGUAAUUAUAGGAUGCUCUGCAAUAAGUCUGAUUCUAUAUAGUUCCGUUUUCUUCUGACAUGGUCUUUCACCACACCCUCUAUUUCAAGCAAUCUCGAAUACCGUAACAUGUUCGAUUAAUCAAAAGCCUGCCGUCUGUCGGUUGUACGUCGGUCGAAAAAACCUUUCCCCUUUCUUAUCUUGCUACUGUUGCAGGUGUCAAAAUUGGGUUUUGGGUGGUGACGCGUAAAUAGGACACAGUCAACCGACACUAAUUUAGUUUGUUCUCGAUGACGGAAUAGAAAAGAUCGUUUCGGGUAUCGUUAAAUAACAUUUGUUUCGUAUGCGAAACAUCAUGUCGAUUAGGACAACUGUAAUGUUGUGCUGGGUUGCGGUAUUCUGGGGAGGUGUCCUGAUCGGAACUAUACAUUCCGUCAGCUUGAACGGUAAUGGCUAUGAAUUUACGGUUGCCAUCUCCGAAGACGCUCUACAACUCGACGCCGAACAACGAGUUCCCUUCCUCGAUGCUCUCAAA